CGAGAAAGAGCAAAACUUCUUGAAUCAGUCCGGAAGGAAAAGGAGUUUGAAAGGAGAUUAUGCGAAGGAUCAGAAAUGAUGCAGAAAAUGCUGGACGACUUUCAAAGAGAGAGACUAGAAGCUGAGGAUAAAGCUGAUAAAUUAGUCAAUGAUCUCCGCAAGGCUAUUGAGCUUAAACGCUCCCUCCAACCUCAAGAUCCACAAUUGGAGGAAGUUAAUGCUCAAAAAGAGGCUCUAGAACCUAAGACCAACCCUGAACCAUCCAACCAUCAGGUGCCAAUUCUAGAAGAUUCACCAAGUUCUACACCAUCACAGAAACCCGAGAGCAUAACAACUCUUGCUAGGGCUACUGUGGUGAUGUUACCCGAAUACCCUCCAAGCCAAGUCACAACCGGCACAGUCGUACACACACCUCCAGAGGAACCUGUUCUGGAGGAGAUAGAGCCCACUACCUACCCCCAAGAUUCCAACAUUCAAGAGUCUAAGGAGGAAUCUACAGACGAAGAAAUACCUAGCACAGAGGAACCAAUAACGUCUAUAGAUAAUCAUGCUUCAUCAGAAGACUUAGACCAACCUUUCUUUGACUCCCUACUUGACGGGUGUGACUUUGUCUGCCCGAAGGAUAGUUGGAGCCAAAAGAGUUGGGAUGAACUUCUGGUAAGUGACACUGAAGACUCAUCCAUGGGGGAAAGCAUGGUCGUAAUCAUCAAACCACAAAUGGAUAGUCAGCCAAUUGAAGAUAAGGAAGGCAUCAAUUUCGCAAUCAAGGCUAAUGAUGUGGAUCAACCUAGGAGACUUCCGCCACCACCCACCUAUCUAGAGUCUCCUCCUUUUAUCCUGUUGCCGCCAAGCCGCAGGGACGAGUCAAGGAUCCUGGACCUUGACCGAGCAACAAAUCAAACAAGGAACUUUGGAUAUUCUCCAUACCAAGACAUUAAUGGGGAUAAUUAUUAUGAACCCCAUGGAGACCAAGAUGACUUUGACCACAAUGGGCCUAUGUCUGACAACCAACCUGAUCCCCUCGUCGAGGAAAUAAUAAGAUUAGAACAGAAAAUCUUCUAUUUCGACGAACUUUUAUUCACUGAAGGCUCUUGGUACGAACCACCUUACUCCCGUGACUACACUUUGUUUGCUGAAGAGCAAAUUGAAGCAAACAAGGUGGCAAUUCGAGAAAGAGCAAAACUUCUUGAGUCAGUCUGGAAGGAAAAGGAGUUUGAGAGGAGAUUAUGCGAAGGAUCAGAAAUGAUGCAGAAAAUGCUGGACGACUUUCAAAGAGAGAGACUAGAAGCUGAGUCUAAAGCCGAUAAAUUAGUCAACGAUCUCUGUAUGGCUGUUGAACUUAAACGCUCCCUCCAAUCUCAAGAUCAAAUGAGGGAGAUUAAUGUUCAAAAAGAGGCUCUAGAACCUAAGACCAACCCUGAACCCAUCAACCAACAGGUGCCAGUUCUAGAAGAAUCACCAAGUUCUACACCCUCACAGAAGCCCGAGAGCAUAACAACUCUUGCUAGGGCUACUGUGGUGAUGUUACCUGA